CCCAACUCCUUUGUAGUAAGUAUUCUAUGCAGAAGCACGUGAUCUGACCCACCCCAAGUCCCAACCCACUCCCCUUCACAAACACUGCAAAUAUAAUCACCCAUAGUCCCAGAACCCAGAGCCAUAAAUCUUAUCACUUCCAAGUAAAAAAGAAAAAAAUGCAAGAUCAGUCAGCCUGCGACUUGAAGCUCUUUUUAUCUUCUUUUGUUGUUAUCGCCUUCCUCCUCUCUCAUUCUCAUGGUAGAGAUACAAUAAGUCGGUGUGUGAAGAAUGUACCAAGUAUUAAUCAGACUGAAAUUGGGAAAACAAAGUAUAGAGUGGAAGUGAAGAACAACUGUGGAACAUGCCCAGUGAUCGAUGUCCAUGUAAAAUGUGGAAACUUUUCACAACAACUGGUUAAUCCAAAGCUUCUAAAGGUUUUAAAGUUAGAUGAUUGUAUCGUCAAUUAUGGCUUGCCAUUACUUCCUCUCCAGAGUAUUACUUUCAACUACUCCCAUCAAACUAUGUACCCUUUGUAUCCUAGUACUUGGUAUUUUCAGUGUGAGUGAUUUUUCUUUCUAUAAAAUGAAAGCUUUAGGAUUAACUAAUUCUACUAAUCCAACCAAUUGUAAACAUAAGACGAUAUCAAGUAUUAAGGUUGAUCAUGUUUUAAAAGCUUUUUAGGUGAAGAAACCACAUUUACGUAUUUCGUUUUUUAUUUUUCUAUGUAUAAUGAAUUUCCCAGUCAAUGAUAAUUGGUUCAAGUUUUGUUUUCA